UUGGUGGGCGCGGCGCAUGCGCGGGGCGGGGCGCGAGCCCGGCGGCCGCGGCGUGAGGGAGUCCGUUCGCCAGCCCGCUGGGUGCCCGCCGCCAUGGCUCUGCUGCACACCCGCCGGCUCCUCGUCGCCCCGCGCUUCGCCGCCACCGCCACCCGUGCCAGCUCAUGGUGGUCCCAUGUGGAGAUGGGUCCCCCCGACCCCAUCCUGGGAGUGACAGAAGCUUUCAAGCGCGACACCAACUCCAAGAAGAUGAAUCUGGGUGUGGGGGCGUACCGGGAUGACAAUGGGAAGCCGUUUGUCCUGAACUGUGUUCGCAAGGCGGAGGCCAUGAUAGCAUCCAAGAAGAUGGACAAGGAGUACUUGCCCAUUGCGGGGCUAGCAGAUUUCACCCGGGCAUCCGCAGAACUGGCUCUGGGUGAAAACAGUGAAGCUUUCAAGAGCGGCCGGUACGUCACUGUGCAGGGUAUUUCCGGGACUGGAUCUCUGCGAAUUGGAGCCAACUUUUUGCAACGGUUCUUCAAGUCUAGCCGUGAUGUGUAUCUACCCAAACCAUCCUGGGGCAAUCACACACCUAUUUUCCGUGAUGCUGGAUUGCAACUUCAGGCUUACCGCUACUACGACCCCAAGACGUGCAGCCUUGACUUCUCUGGAGCCAUGGAUGACAUUUCUAAAAUUCCAGAGAAGAGCAUCAUCCUCUUGCAUGCUUGUGCUCACAACCCCACUGGGGUGGAUCCCCGGCAGGAGCAAUGGAAGGAAUUGGCAGCUACGGUGAAGAAACGAAACCUCCUCGUGUACUUUGACAUGGCCUACCAGGGCUUUGCCAGUGGGGACAUCAACCGGGAUGCCUGGGCUGUGCGGUAUUUCAUCGAGCAGGGCAUCAACGUCGUCUUAUCGCAGUCCUACGCCAAGAACAUGGGGCUGUAUGGAGAGCGUGCAGGUGCCUUCACAGUGAUCUGCAGUGAUGCAGAGGAAGCCAAGAGGGUCGAGUCACAGCUGAAGAUCCUCAUCCGCCCUAUGUACUCCAACCCACCCCUGAAUGGAGCCCGCAUCGCCUCUAUCAUCCUGAACACCCCUGACCUACGGAAGGAGUGGCUCGUGGAGGUGAAGGGCAUGGCUGACCGGAUCAUCAGCAUGCGGACUCAGCUGGUGUCCAACCUCAAGAAAGAGGGAUCCUCCCACAACUGGCAGCACAUCACUGACCAGAUCGGCAUGUUCUGCUUCACAGGGCUGAAGCCUGAGCAGGUGGAACGGCUGAUCAAGGAGUUCUCCAUCUAUAUGACAAAGGACGGUCGAAUCUCUGUGGCGGGAGUUACAUCAGGCAAUGUAGGCUACCUGGCUCAUGCCAUCCAUCAAGUCACAAAGUAAAGACAAAGGUGUGCUCUGGCGCUGGUGGCUUUCCCUUCCCCACCAGUGGAAGAUGGGGAAGGAAAGGAAACAAGCAGAAUACUUCCAUCCACAACACUUGACGCCGCUGCUGAAUGUAUCUUGUAGAUGAGUUGUUGUAGAAGCCUAAUCAAAAACCGCCCUGCCUGGUGGAGCAGGGUCAUCAUUGCUGGCUCCUGCUCGUCACAGCCGUUCUCCCCUGCUGUCCAGCCUUUGUCCAUCAGCCCCAGCAGCUGCCUGCGCUGGAGGGAGCGAAUGCUUAGCACUCAUCCUAACCAGCGUAGGCACCAAAGGCUUCCCCACGCUCCUUUCUCCGGGGUAAGGCUUUGUGAAGGUGUUGGCCACUGGCCUGAGGGGGCUGAGCAGGAGGGCUGCUCAGUUGCCACCUCCUCGGCUGGUCCCUGCUGCCACCAGCCUCCGUCCUCCUCCACCUUCCUGCCCUGGGGCUGGGCAGCGCCAAAGCUGCUCUCCAACAACCAGCUCGGAGGACUUAUCACUACUAAAAUCUGCUCCACUGGUGGCUUCACUCUUUCCAUCUGGGAAUCUCGGGUGUAAUGCAGUGGUGAGUGGGGCAGACCCAUGUCCCUCCUCUAAACCUGCCUGGUUCUGACUUCACUCCUGUGCCCUGAGAUGAAAAAAUUUCUCGCUCCCCACCCUCAUAACAACCUCUUCUGAAAACUGUUCUGUUGGUCUCUGCCUCGCCCCGUUCCUGUACCAACCUCCUUGUGUGUGUCCCAAAGCCAUGAGCUUUGGGUGGGCCCUGCUCUGUCCACCUUCGCAUGGGGUGCGGGGUAUCCCUCUCUGCUCUCUUCAGCCAAAUUUCAGGUGACACUAAAAAACAGGAGGGAAAGAUCCCAAGGAAAGUCAGAGCUGGUGACAAAAAACAUUCUGUGCUUCUAAACCGAGAGUCUCUGAGGCCCUGUGACUCACUGGAGUCUGAUUUUUAAUCCAAAUAAAUGCACGUGGCUGUGUCGA